GCCAGAACCCCGCAUGUGAACAGCAAAGUGGUCAAUCAGUACAGUACUAACAUGUGCAAGUUUCUUUUGAAGCUGGGAUGUAUACGCAGCCUUCUCCUUAGCCUAGGGCCCCAGCCACAGACCCCUGGCCACAGCUUCCAAUCAACACAGCAUUCCGCAUCAUUCAUCAGCCAGCCGCCAAGGCAGGUAUCCGGGCGCAGCCCAGAACAUAGCUUACAGCAGUCCCCCUCCCCAUUGCUGUUCACUUGUUCCUAUUCUAUACACCUAUAACGCCGAACAUCCUAACCACAGAAACGGGCUUCGCGACGCUUGCCUGGCUGUUUGGACGCAACGGUUCGACACCUCUUAGUAGCGCAUAACAGGGCUAAGGACGCGGACCUGCCGAAGCCUGGGCGAUCCAC